AGGAGGAGAAGCUUUUCUCUGCACAAGUAUCUCAGUAAGAGGAAAUCUGACGUUUAUAGCCCUAUUUGUGCACGGACAUGAGGAAAUGUGGGUGUACACACUAGUUAUGCUGUGUGGCUCCACAGCGCUUGAGCUCAGAUGAGCUCACACAGCCGAUGCGCACAUUGUAGAAUCCUACCAACGUGAGAAGGCGCAAGGACAUCGAGCGGCAGCCUGGUAAUCAGUGGGAAGUGUGGAUGCUUUUGUGCAAGGGCUGUUUACUUUCUGCAACACAAAGUGAAAGAGAGAGAAGAACAAGGGGUUUUGUUCUCCAUUCGCCAAACAUUGGAAAGACUAAAUGGAUUUGUAGAUUUAUUGGAUGAAUGGAAAUCCACUCUUCUUUUUAUCUUACACAGGACUGGACUUCGGAUUGAGCGGCUCGUGAGAAGAAGCCUACUUUAAACACUGAGGUUCGUUUUCUUUUUUCUUCACCCUCUUCAUAAAAUGCCAGGAUUUCGUCAAUCAUACACUGUCCACUUCAAGUCAGGCUGCUCAUUCCGAAGGACGCCAGACCUUCAGCCUCUCAAAUCUGCAAGUUCUGCCCAAUAAAUUGUGACAUUGUCUGUCAGCCUUGGAAUAACAAAUCGAUACUCACGAAAAGGGACGCGAUAUUCUUCCGGAAUUUUAACGAUCUAUUUCCCCUCUGUCCUUAUAAAUAUGCGAUUUGGUUGGAUUAGGAUGGUUUGGUCCAGCUUGACGUUUUUUAGCUGGAGCAGCGCUGAUAGUGACUGAUUAUUGCUGUUGAUUUUGUCCAUGCAAGACUCGGGGUGGAAACAUGUCUGGCCACUUAUUUGAGAGGAUCACUGCUGUCAGAGAUGGCAUUUUGGUCCAGCACUUCGGUUUUCACCUCUAAAGUGCCCCGGAAAAUCUUAUUCAUGUUCACCCUCUCCCUUUCUGUUACCUACUUGUUCUAUAGCUUGAUGAGCUGCUACAACUCACUGCAGUUCCCUCUGCAAGAAAACUAUGUGUAUCAAGGGAGGCUGGUGACAGAGGAGACAACUUUUGUGACAUUAAGGGAGAAACUUUAUUCCACUUCCCAGGGUUUUACAGAAUUCACUGAGAGAACAACCUCGGUUCCCACCGUGAAGGAGCAUGCUGAGGCCGAACAAAGGACAGUGGAGUGGAUUAAGACUCAGGCGUCUCCAACUAAAUCUGCGGCAGCGUAUCACACCACUGCGCUGGAGAGGGAGCACCAGGAAUUCAGUACCACGGACAGCGAAGUCAGAGUGAACUGCACCUCGGAUUAUGGAGAAAAGAAACUUCCGCAAGCCAUUAUCAUCGGGGUGAAGAAAGGGGGGACCCGAGCCCUGCUGGAGGCUCUCAGAGUACACCCGGACGUCAGAGCCGUUGGAAAUGAGCCACAUUUCUUUGAUAGGAACUACGAGAAGGGGCUGGACUGGUACAGAGACCUGAUGCCUUCAACGCUGGAGGGGCAGAUCACCAUGGAGAAGACACCCAGCUACUUUGUGACUAACCAUGCCCCAAAACGUAUCCACUCCAUGGCCAGGGACAUCAAGCUUAUUAUUGUGGUGCGUAAUCCUGUCACUAGAGCCAUUUCAGACUACACACAGACUUUGUCCAAGAAACCUGAGAUCCCCACCUUUGAAGUUUUGGCUUUCAAGAACAGGACGCUGGGUCUUAUAGAUGCCUCCUGGAGUGCAUUACGUAUAGGAAUAUAUGCACUUCACCUGGAAAGCUGGAUGCAGUAUUUCCCCCUCUCCCAAAUGCACUUUGUCAGCGGGGAGAGGCUCAUCGUGGAUCCCGCUGGAGAGAUGACCAAAGUGCAGGACUUUCUAGGACUGAAGCGGAUCGUCACAGACAAACACUUUUACUUUAAUAAAACUAAAGGAUUUCCAUGUCUGAAAAAGCCAGAGGAUAGCAGCACUCCCAGAUGCCUCGGCAAGUCUAAAGGGAGAACUCACCCUAAAAUUGACCCAGACGUCAUUCGCCGGCUGCACAAGUUCUACAAACCCUUUAACAUGAUGUUCUACCAAAUGACUGGCCAGAACUUUGAAUGGGAGCUCGAGGAGGACAGUGAACUCCGUAGCUCUCAGGACUAGCAUGGCCCCGCUCAGCCACACCACCAGCCUUCCUCACUAAAACUACUAUUGUUCUGCUUCAUCUUAAGAGAGAGUGCUUGAGAACGCCAAUCAAUCAUGGCUGUCCUUGCAGUGUCUGUAUCCAUUCGCGAGAGUUUACUGACAUGCUUUUCCUUAAUGAUGGCAAAUCAUUAUUGUGUAUAUUUAACAUAAAAUAUAUUUAUAUUUGUGUAAACAAGAUGAUUUAUUCCUUUUGUUUCUAAAGCAUAGAGCUGACUAAAAAUCAUGUUGACUAUGGCGAUGCAUGCGAUGAGUUAAGUGUCCUUACCUCAUGAACCCUAAGGGUAAACUCUGCCUGUUUCUUCUCCGUUUACUUUCCUGCAGUUUGUUGCCCUCACACCCACUCACCAGCAUUCAGUACAAAAGAUAUUCUAUUUCAAUGGCUGAGGACAUGAAGUGCUCUGUAUUAUUUCUUUCAAUGCAGUUUAAAAGAUAGAGAAAGGAGAACAUAUAUAGUCUUUAAAUCCUUUGACACAUGCUCAUCUUUUUUAUUCAUCCAUAAUCUGAGUGGAGACAAUCCUUUUAAGUUUUCCAAAGUGUUCAUUUACUCUGUGUCACUGUUCUGGUUGCUCUGUGCUCAUUAACUGCACACAUAUUCAAUAGGCGAGCUGAUGUACAUUGGCCAUCUUUCAAUAAUUGGAUUGUUUCACAGCACAGUUGAACAUUAGCAUACUGAUGACCAUGCACUCUGAUGUGGUGCAGUAUCAGUAGCUUUGGUAUAAUUUUGCAAAUGAGCCCAUCCACUCCAUGUGCAUCAAACAAUUCUGCAUUCGGACGAAGAUAAUUUCCUACCAUCCGAAUGUCUGUUAACUGUUACGGUCCUGUUUGGCUCGUGACCCUUCUCUUGUCACAGUAAUAUAUGUCAAUGAGGGUGAAGAAAAACACUGCGGGACCGAACAGAAGUUUGUCGCCAAACAUCUGCUGCAACGCGGUCUUCUGUCAUUAGAGAUUAAUGGUGUGUUAAAUAAACUGCUGCCGCUGGAACAAAGUCAAUGUCAGAGAGAAUUUGCUGUCAAGGUAAAGCCCCAUUCAUGCCCAGGUAAAUUACUAAGCUAUUACUGUAUGUGCUUUGCUUAAAUGAACCAUUUUUCCUUGGAAAAUGCAGUGUAACUCAGCAAACACAUGACCAACAAAUGUUCAGUCCUUAUUUACUCACAAUGAAGUAACAUGACCCAUCAUAUUUUCUUUUCUAUAUCUUAUUUUUCAUAAUCCACUAUGUCUGUCUGUUGUCUCUGAAUUUUUCAUCAAUUGAGACAAUCAAUACAGUCAAUGAGUCAAUAAAUACAGUCUGCUACACAUCA